AUGGAGAAGAUGAAACAGCAAAAAGGUAUAAUACCUGCAAUUGAGACAUUGCUUCCAACAGCUGAGCACAGAAUGUGUGUUAGGCAUAUCUACAGCAACUUCAGGACAGAGCAUGCUGGACUUGCACUGAAAAACAUUCUCUGGGCUGCGGCAAGAGCAACUACCAUUCCCUGGUAUGAAGCAGAAAUGGAGAAGAUGAAACAGCAAGAUGAAGGGGCGUGGAAGUGGCUUAUCAAAAGACCAGCCAAAAAUUGGAGUCGAUCUCAUUUUGAGCUGGAUUCUAAGUGUGAUCUGUUGUUGAACAACCUCUGUGAAUCCUUUAACUCUUGCAUUUUAGAUUCAAGAGACAAGUCUAUCUUAACAUGUCUUGAAAGGAUUAGAGUUUAUAUCAUGUUAAGAAUGGCUAAUAGAAGGAUUGCUUGUACGGUUUGGAGACAUCCAGUUGGGCCUAGGAUUUUCAAGAUCAUUGAGAAGAACAAGUUGGGAGCUAGUCAAUGCAUUCCUAGAUUAGCAGGUGAGAGCAAAUACCAAGUGAGCCAUAUGUAUGGGGGAGAGUAUGUAGUGGAUCUAAAAGCCAAGACUUGUUCUUGUAGAAGAUGGGAUUUGUGUGGGAUCCCAUGUUCUCAUGCUAUUUCUUGUAUAUUUCAAAAGGAGGCCAAUGUGUUUGACUAUGCACAUGACUGUUAUAAGAAAGAAGCCUAUCUGAGUUCAUAUGAACCUAUGGUACAUCCAAUACCAUCCAUGGACCAGUGGCAGAGAACAAAUUGGCCUCCAAUUAAACCUCCUCCAUAUAAGAAGCAACCUGGAAGACCCAAGAAAUCAAGGAACAAAGAACCAGCUGAGGUCGAAGUACCUGCUCUAGUUCCUCCAAACCCUUUGCCCCCAUUUUACAAUCCACCACCUACUAAGUUGAGAAGGAUUUAUGUAAAGGUAAGAUGCUCUGUUUGUGGCCAGGAGGGACAUAAUAUGACACAGCAUGCCAACCAAGGGGCAGCACAGGCCCUUCCUAAUCAGCCCAACCAAGGAACAUUUGGCUCUUCUACAGUCCAAGGAGCGGCUCAGGCCCAGCCUAAUCACCCUAACCCAACUAGAGGGAGAGGUAGAGGUACUACUACAGGAAGAGGGAGAGGAAAUGGGAGAGGACAAAUGCCAAUUGGAACUAGAAAUGGAGGAUGCUCUGUUGGAAAUGGGACAACACAAAUGCCAUCGUCAUGA